CAAAUUCACUUGAUACGUUAACAGGUAUUAUGUUUUGUCCCAGAUUAGGGUUUUAGGGACACAAAGUAGCAGAGCAGAGUAACCAGCUAGGUAGGGUUUUCUCUUUCUCACGUUCCUCUUCGCAGCGCCACAGUAGCUUCGCAUUAGCAAUGGCGAGAAUCAAGGUGUACGAGCUGAGGUACAAGACAAAAGCAGAGCUUCUGAACCAACUGAAGGAUCUCAAAGCAGAACUCGCUCUCCUCCGCGUCGCUAAGGUCACCGGCGGAGCCCCAAACAAGCUUUCCAAAAUCAAAGUGGUUCGGCUUUCGAUAGCGCGGGUGCUGACAGUGAUUUCCCAGAAGCAAAAGGCAGCGUUGAGGGAAGCUUACAAGAAGAAGAAAUACCUUCCUUUGGAUCUGCGUCCCAAGAAGACCAGAGCCAUCAGAAGGCGCUUAACUAAGCACCAGGCUUCAUUGAAGACACAGCGUGAGAAAAAGAAGGAAUUGUAUUUUCCAAUGCGAAAAUAUGCAAUUAAAGUGUAAUGUUAGAACCAAAUAUGAUGAUAAUUUUGGCGUCACUUUCUAUUUGGUAUUUGACAUACAAUUUUUUUCUGGCCAUUCAGUUUUGAUGCCGUUUCUUCCUAGUUUUCUUUUAAUCAUCAUGAAACUUUUAUUAAAUGUUCGCUGGUCUUACUCUGGCUUUUUUUUUUUUAGUCAUACAUGAAAAUUUUCAAUUUCUUGCA